AUGGACGAAAAGAUGAAGAAAGCGGAAGGAGAAGAUUUGAAACCACCAAAGGCGAAAAUGCCUGAAGCGGCGAGAAGGGCCUUACUAUCUACAAGAAGAGGUCAAGUUUGUCAGUUUGUUAAGAUUGGGUGCACUUUUUUCUUUGACGCUGUUGUGGCGUAUGGACUGUGUGAGGUAACGCAGCCAUACUUCUGAAACUAGAACAGCCUGCAAGAGAACUUAUUUCAAUUCAGUUACCAUCUCAUUCAAAAGCAUGGAAACGUUAUACGGAACUUGAAAUUAACUGCAGUUAUGGAUAUUUUUUGGUAAGUAAACUCCAAUUUUUAGCUUAUGUGUCUCCACAGAUUUUUGUUAUUUAUUUGCUUUUUAGUUGUUUUAUUCAUCGUUUGUAUGUUUGUGUUGGUUUGCGAACUAUUUAAAAAAUUGUUUGUAUAUCAUAUGAUGUGUACCUAUUGCACAGUACACGGGUAUUGAAUUGUGGUUUGUUGACUCUGAAACUGAAGUGGAUGGGGUUGUCUUGGUAAGGUACUUGGAAAGGAGACUUUCCGAUCAAAAGUAUCUUCAUGUCAGAACAACUCCUAUUUGA